AUGUAUGUUUAUGAAGAGAUGAUUGACGGUCGGAAAUUAACGGAGAUAAUAAAUGAAGAGCAUGAGAAUGUCGCUGUCCCAGAUGUUGUCGAAGCAGCAGCAGAUGCGGACAUUCUUGUAUUUGUAGUUCCUCACCAGUUUAUACGAAGAAUAUGCAGCACUUUGCUUGGAAAAAUAAAGCCAACCGCUUGUGGAUUAUCGCUUAUCAAAGGCUUUGACCAAAAGGAAAGCGGUGGAAUAGAUUUAAUUUCACAGAUAAUCGCCACUGAAUUAAACAUUCCUAUGGCUGUGUUGAUGGGCGCUAAUUUAGCAUCCGAAGUCGCUGAUGAAAUGUUUUGUGAAACUACUAUUGGUUGUAAGGAUAAUGCAAUGGGCGUUAUUUUACGUGAUAUGAUUCAGACUCCGUUUUUCCGUGUUGUUGUUGUUGAUGACGUUAAUUCUGUCGAGUGUUGCGGUGCACUUAAAAAUAUUGUUGCGUGUGGAGCUGGCUUUGUUGAUGGUUUAGGUCUAGGAGAUAAUACGAAAGCUGCUGUUAUACGUUUAGGAUUAAUGGAAAUGAUUAAAUUUGUGGAUGUUUUUUAUCCUGGCGGUAAAUUAAGUACGUUCUUCGAGAGUUGCGGAGUGGCUGAUUUAAUUACAACCUGCUACGGUGGACGUAAUCGUAAAGUUUCCGAGGCUUUUGUUAAGACUGGCAAGUCGAUUGUUGAAUUGGAGCAAGAGAUGUUGAAUGGACAAAAACUUCAAGGACCAAUUACUGCUGAAGAAGUAAACUACAUGCUGAAAGCCAAAGACAUGGAACUCAGAUUUCCAUUAUUCACUGCGAUCCACCGAAUUUGUGUCGGUGAAUUGCAGGCUACUGAUCUCAUCGACUGUAUUCGCAGCCAUCCAGAACACAUGGGCUCAGCAAUUGCUAAAAUAGUUGGUGCCAAUGCUGCUAAAUUUAAUAAUAAAUUUGAAGAACAAGUUACCAUGUACGUGUACGAAGAAAUGAUUGAUGGAAAAAAGCUUACAGAAAUAAUAAACACUCAGCAUGAGAAUGUAAAAUAUUUACCAGGACAUAAACUACCUCCUAAUGUUGUCGCUGUUCCGGAUGUUGUCGAAGCGGCAAAGGAUGCAGAUAUCCUUAUCUUUGUCAUCCCGCACCAGUUUAUCCGCGGGCUGGCUGCAGCGAUGCUGGGAAAAAUAAAGUCCACUGCUGUUGGGCUUUCUCUGAUCAAAGGGUUCGAUUCCAGUGACGGAAAGAGCAUUAAAUUGAUCUCCAAAGUCGUGGAAGAGCAUCUGAAGAUUCCCUGCUACGUUUUGAUGGGCGCUAAUCUUGCCAAUGAAGUCGCCGAGGAGAAAUUCUGUGAAACUACUAUUGGAGUUAGAGACAAGCGUCUUGCACCAGUACUUAGAGAUUUAAUGAUGACACCUAAUUUCCGGGUUGUCUGUGUUGAGGAUUGCGAGGCUGUUGAAGUUUGCGGUGCACUGAAAAAUAUUGUAGCAUGCGGAGCAGGAUUUGUCGACGGUCUAGGACUUGGUGACAACACAAAAGCUGCAGUAAUAAGACUAGGUCUUAUGGAAAUGAUUAAAUUCGUGGAUACAUUCUACGGUGGAUCGAAACUUUCAACAUUCUUCGAAAGCUGCGGUGUCGCUGAUCUCAUCACAACUUGCUACGGUGGUCGUAAUCGCCGUGUUUGCGAGCAAUUUGUUAAGACAACAAAGUCUAUAAAAGAACUCGAGGACGAGUUACUGGGAGGGAUGAAACUCCAGGGACCAGCAACUGCUGAAGAAGUUAACGGGAUGCUUAAAGCCCAGAACAUGACCGAUAAAUUUCCUCUUUUCACAGCCGUGCAUCGGAUUUGCACGCGGGAGCUCAAACCCACUGACUUGAUUGACCAAAUCCGCAACCACCCUGAGCACGCGUGAGUAU